UGCGCACAUGGAUCGGGUCGAGGUGACCACGCCACACCCAGUACAUGGAGGCAGUCCCUGUACUGGAGGAGCUGCUUGUGUAACAGCUGUAUCAGCCAGUGGUACCGACAGUAAUCAGCUGCGCGAGCACUGUGCCUUCUUGAAAUGUCCAGUACGCACAGGAGGCGGCGCAUGCACCGGCCCCCCAGCGCAGCAGGGGCCGAGAAAUAGUUAAGGAUUUUUGGACACACUUUGUGAACAACAGUGUUUCCGUGCGUAUGUUUUUUGCCGUAGCUGUAGUCAUUUCUUGGAGGAAUGAGAGGCGUAUGUCCGGCUCUUAAAAUGGGAUUGUUUUUGCACGCUGUCGGCUCUGUCAACCCCACCGAGUCCGCGGCAGACAGGAGCCUACUUCACUGCGAAGGUGCGAACAAUCAGAGCUACAUCUGCGAGUCUGGACACUGCUGCGGAGAAUCUCAGUGCUGCAGCUACUAUUACGAAUUAUGGUGGUUUUGGCUGGUGUGGGCUAUCAUCUUCAUUUUGAGCUGCUGCUGCGUGUGUCACCACCGCCGCACCAAACAUCGUUUGCAGCAGCAGCAGCGUCAGCAUGAAAUCAACCUCAUCGCUUAUCGUGAAGCACACAACUACCCCUCGGUGCCCUUCUACUUCAGGUUUCUGCCAAACUACCUCUUACCUGACUAUGAGGAGGUGGUCAACAGGCCACCCACUCCUCCUCCUCCAUACAGUGCCUUACACACAGGGCCAACCUCAGUGGCUUCGAGUCCACUUGCCUCUGAGCAGCAGGAGGGACACUGUCCAACCAUCCAGCCCACUCCUGUGCCCUCCGUCUCAGACAGUCUGUGUUGCAGACCGAGCCUAGAGGAGCCACAAUCCCCCACCUUAGACUUCAGGCCCAAACCUGACAACAAGCAGGUGCAGGCAGCACAAGACUCAUCCAUGAUCCUGAUGUCAGAUGGGAUUAAUAGGGAGGGACUCGCUAACCAGGAGAAAAGAGUUGGGGAUGACUCCUGCAAGGACCCCCUGCUGAAGGACCUUGGUCUACCCGAGAGCUGUGCUGAGGACAAAGAUCGUCUCCCCAACGGAAGGAGGAGGCGAUUCACAGGAGACUCUGGGAUUGAGGUGUGUGUGUGCAGUAGACGUGGGAGUAAUGGUUGUAGUGGAGCAGGAGGGACAGGCCAAGAAGGCAAGGAGCUGAGAGAGCUGGAGAGCCUGUUGGGGCAAGAGGGAGACAAUGAGGAGGAGGAGGAGGCUGGUGACUUCUGCGACAGCUGCGGUCAUCGUGCCUCCUUCAGUGUGGAGGAGGAGGCGGCUCUGGGAGGGCCGGAGAGGCGGGUCACACGCGGACCACCUCAGCCCACCCACCAGAUAGGCAGUGCCUCGCUUCACCCUCCAGUGUGCCUCCUCCUCCACACCAUCAGCGAGCAGGAGGGACCACACCACAGCACCAGCACUGAGCCACAGGGAUGAAAGAGUUAACACACCACUGACAUAGAGGGAAGAAGAGAGCACUUGACACAGAACAUGGAGUGGAGAAGGCAGAAGGCUGGUAUAUCUGUUUUAUGUCUGACUGCUUUCUAAGUGACCGAUUGAUUUUUUUUUUUUUUUUUUUUUUUAAUGAAUGUGUGCAUCUUAGGCAACAGUUGAGGGCGGUGCUACCAGGAAAGAGGAGUCUCAACUAAAAUUGAGUAAAUGGCUGAGACCACCUGCCCCUCCCCAUUCUGAAAAGUGGCAUUCACCUGUGUGUUUUGGCUUAUGUAUGGGCGCUACAAGCCAUUUAACAGCCUGUGUCAAUUAAGACGUCACAUGUUGCGUACACACACAUACCACAUCAUUUGGUGGCUCAUCCUAUUCAUACAACAUAAGCUACUGACACAAGGAUAAAGACUUGAUAGCUGAAGCUGUGACGUCUGGAAGAGGACGUUUCUGACUAGGAUGAACACAACGCUCGCCACUGAGAGAUCCAAACCAGUCACAACAUUUUUAUAAAGCCAUUCUCUGCAGGCAGGAAACUACAUAGAAAAAUAACACACAGCAGGGAUAGUAUCGAUGAGUGCAAUGUGAAGUUACCGCAGUGUGUGUUUAUGCAAGUUGAUACUGUACUGGGACACCAGAGCUAGUAGAGUGUUUGGGACGUCCCAUUAGAUUCAUGCUUCUAAAGUGCUUUUUCAGAACGGUUAAAAACUGCUCUACCUUGUGUCUUUUUGUUGCUCUCUAUUUGCCCUGCUAGUGAUAAGAGUAUAAGUGCAUUAACAAUCAGUUCCUUAUUUGCACAAAAUAUAUUUAUCUUUAUAAAUGGAGCUUUUAGGUGAAAAGAAAUCAGAACACAAAAUGCUUAAAUUUGAUAAUUUAGUCUUAAUUUGGAAUAAAUGAUUCUUUUGUAGAAUUUUUUGCAGAAGUUAGACAGGUGUGGAUGUUUAGGCAAUUAUUCACUUUGUGGGUUUGUAUACAAUCAUUAUUUUUGUAAGUAACAAGCAUUUGUUUUAUGUGCCUACCCAUAAAUGCAUUUUGAUGAUAAGCUUUAGUCAAACUGAAAAACCAUACAGGUACCAAAACCAAGGACAGAAAUGAAGCUUUUUAGAGAUUACAACUGAAAGGGCAACACUGGACCUCAUACUUCAGCAUCAGUUUGUUCAGUAGAUUCCACCUACAGCCAGCUAUAGUUUAUAUAAAGUAAGUACGUAUGUAGUAAAUAUGAAUGGAGCCUAAAAACUCAGUGUGUAAUAAAAUGGAUGCAAAAAUGGAGUCUUUAGCUCAACAGUCUUUGAGUUUCAUAUCAGCACAAUUUAAUGAUUAUUUUCUCUGAUAUUGGUCUAUUUGAAUCAGCCCCCUGUGAUCACCGAAUGUGGUUAUGGAACAACAGAGGCUUUGUUUUAUUUUACUGAAUGAUUAUAAACCCCAACUUUAACACUAAAUGCCAUAAAAAGCUAUUGCCUGGUGAAUGGAAAAUAUCCAAAAAUAAAAACCCGAAUGGCCAACACAAACGCAUAAGGAAACCAAAAAUCAGAUGAGGUCGUAGAAAGCGUCUUUGCCAUCAGGACUACGUGGACUUUAUGUCAAACCAGAGCAGCAUGUUCUGUUUUUUGUAUUGGUGUAAACAUUGGGGGCCUGUGCAAGUCAACAAGUAAGAUGUUUAAUGCUGCACUGCGAACACAAAACAAAAACCUCAGAACAACAGUCCAAGACUAAUGUAAUCCAAGUAAUGACAUGCCUUCAUGGAAUGACUCAUUCGUACUGAAUGCCUUUAAAAGCUGUUGCUCAGCUUGAAUGUUCGUAAUUUAACCUAAUUGUCCAAAUUCAGAGCUGCAAUGAAUGUAACAUGAAAAAUGCCACUGAUUGAUAUGCUGCGGGAAGCAUUGGGUUAGUAUUGAGUCGCAGUGCUUAUUUGGUUUAAGGAUUAAGUUUAAUUUUUUUUUUGUCAGAAUUUAACUGGAAAAGACAAAGAUACUACAAACCAUUGUGUCAUGCAGUUUUUAUUUUCAUGUCAGUAUGGGGUGUGCACAGACAUCUCUCAGAUAUAUUUAUUUACCUAAAAAAACAUGAUGUCUCCCAGAAACUAAUACUUAUUCAGCACAAGUUUAGUCACAAGUUCUUAACUUUUAUUUUAUACUGAGAAGUAGCAGAUUGAAUUUUAUCUGAAAAAGCCUGACUCUCUAAGAAGUGCUUUAUAUGUAAAUGCUUUGUGAAAUAGAAAAUAAUAUUGUGGUACAUAUAGUACAAAGAUGAGCUAUUUUUCAUAACGGCUGAAUCCUUUGAGAUUUAUUUUAACGGUUUAAGAAUUUAAAACCACUCUAUAUUUGCAAAUUGUGUGGAAUAUUUGUGAACCAAAUAGUUGCUUUCAUAAUCAUAAAAUCAUUAGCUUUAUUAUUUUGACAGGUUUUGUUCUCAUCAUGGGUAUUACUUUUUUCUGUUGAGAGAAGACCUUAAUUCUUCUGAGACUUAUUUUGAAGUUGUAUGAAGGGUACAUUUGACUAACAUGCAGUAGACACCUUGUUAACAGAUCAGGGGCAUCUUGCCAAAGACACUUUUCCUUUUUUCACCAGUGUGUGUAAGGUGGUUUUGCACAUAUUCUUUGAAUGUUCUGAUCAUAUAAGCCAUUUAUUACAACAACCAACAUGGAUGUGUGUUCAAUAAACGUACCCUUUUAAAUUCAA